AUCGGAGAGCCAGCCAUUCUGACCGGGGAGGCGAAGGCCUAAUUAAGUCGACCUUUCACGAUAGCUUCCUCUUUCUCUCUCUCUCUUGCUACUGUGCUAACCCUUCGUGCUACGUUCGCGGUCGGCUUCUAAAAUCACUCAUAAAACACAGAUUUUGUUUGUAUUUGUGAACUCUGAAAACUUGCAACCAUGCCAACUGGAGUAGCCCCGUACCUGACUGAAGAGCUCAAGAAAGAGCUUUCUCGGAUAGCUGAUGCCAUUGCACGCCCGGGACAUGGUAUCCUCGCUGCCGACGAAAGCACAGGCACUAUGGGCAAGAGACUGGCCAACAUCAAUCUUGAGAAUACAGAUGACAAUCGUCGCCACUAUCGCCAGCUUCUUUUCACUUCAGAUAAGGAACUGGCAAACUAUAUCAGCGGCGUCAUUCUCUAUGAUGAGACUUUCUGGCAGAAAGAUGAUAAUGGCAACAGAUUCGUAGAUGUCUUGAAGAAUGCUGGCAUUAUCCCUGGAAUCAAGGUUGACAAGGGUGUCGUUCCCCUGCCCGGCACUUUCAACAACGAAUGCACCACACAGGGCUUGGAUGACCUGAAUGCACGUUGCGCAAAGUACAAGGAAAAUGGAGCAGACUUUGCCAAGUGGAGGUGUGUACUUAAGAUCUCAGAUCUGACACCCUCUCCUCUGGCUAUCAUGGAGAAUGCUAAUGUCCUGGCCAGGUAUGCUGUCUGCUGUCAACAGAAUGGUCUUGUCCCUAUUGUUGAACCAGAAGUCCUUCCUGAUGGAGAUCACUCAUUGGAAAGAGCCCAGUAUGUCACAGAAAAGGUUCUUGCUGCUACAUACAAGGCCCUUAGUGACCACCAUGUAUUCCUUGAAGGCACACUCUUGAAACCCAACAUGGUGACAGCUGGUCAGGCAUGCGCUGUCAAGUACACCCCAGAACAGGUGGCCCAGGCAACAGUUACCGCUCUGAACCGAACUGUUCCUGCCGCUGUCCCAGGUAUCACAUUCCUGUCUGGUGGACAGUCUGAAACGGAUGCUACCAUCCAUCUCAAUGCUAUCAACACGUACCAAGGCAAGAAGCCAUGGAGCCUGACCUUCUCCUAUGGGCGGGCUCUGCAGGCCAGUGUUCUCCAAGCCUGGGGUGGUAAACCAGAGAACGUCAAAAAGGGACAGGAAACCCUUAUGCACAGAGCAAAGUGUAACGGCCUAGCUUCCAUUGGCAAGUAUACAGGUGAGGAAGCAGCUGGAGCCGCCUCGCAGUCUCUCUUCGUCAAAGAUCAUGCAUACUAAAAUGUCAUUUGCGCUUACACGAAAUCUUCCAUCAAAAUAUCUGGUUAACAUUGCGAUACAACAGACUACCAUGGUUUAUGAUUAUAUUUAACGGGUCAAAAGUUAAGGUGUGAUUGUGGUGAAAUAGAAUCCCUACGCUGUCAAUUUAGUAUUUAACUGGAUUUUUCAUGUGAUUUGUGUGGCAUAUGAUAGCAUGUACCUCCUGAUUUAAGUAAUUUAUGAAAUCUCAUUUAAAUACAUACAUAUGGAUAUAACAUGUAUUUAUUUCAUUUGGGUAUCGGAUGUAAUCAUCACCUUGUAGAAUAAACCAUGUUAUAUCUCACCUCUAACACAACAUUUGGUUCAAAUUUGCGCAAUUUUCCCCCUUUGUGUGUGGUAGAAUUGAGUAUGUGUUACAUUAUGAAUUGCACAAAUGUAUGUAGAUAUAGGCAUUCUUUCUAACUUGAUAAAAUGUAUUUUGAAUCGAAGUAAUUUUGUAUUAGUAUAUAAGCUGGUAAUUGACAUUUAUUUGCCAGUUAGAUAAAGCAAUAUAUACAUUGACAUGUAAUCUACUUUAAGGGAAUGCUCCUCCUAGCAUGAAAGGGUAAACUAAAAUAUAUAACAUGAACAUAUUCUGAUGAAACUAUAUGUUUGUCUUGUUGUAUUUAUCGAUUGAAUUCAUUUGGUGGCGGGAAGCAUACAUGUACAUGUACCAUUUGGCUAUAUGAAAUCACUGUGUGUAAUCGUAGCUAUCAAUAAUUUUUGGAUUAUGCUGUUCUAUGUGACAUAAACCAUUCAAAUGAUGGAAAAAGCGUGAAGAUCGUGAAGUUUGGUGUGAACCAUAUUAACAUUAGACAGCAUACCAGAAAUUUCACUUGAUGUCUGUGCAUGAAAUUGUAGAAUUAUGUUAUUUUGAUUUAUAUAUUUGGUUCAUUGUAAGAAAUAUUGAAGGUUCUGUGUUUUCAUGACAUUGCUGUUUUGCUGACUAAACAAAGCUUCACAAAGCUUCAAAUUAAAUCAAUUUGGUUCUGAGAGGAUAAAUUCUUCACAGUCAGACAGCCUUUUAAUAUGUAAUUUUUGUUAAGUUCAAACACAAUCUAAUUGCUCUUAAAGCGAUUAUAGGCAAAAGUUUCAUACUAACAAACUGGAGUAUCUCUAUGACAAUGCUCUUAGAAUUUGAAAAGCCAUGCCCCAAGCCAAGUAAUGAAUAUAAGCUUUUAUUUAGUAAUGACAAACAUCUAAAACUCUGGUGCAUAGACUUGGUGAUGCUGAAAUAUAUAUAUAUACAUCUAUUCUUGAACACAGAUUUAUAAUCUUCAUUUAUUUUCUCAAACAUAGAUUCAUUAUCAGUAUGUUGCUACUAUAUAUUUUUAUAAGAUAUGGAUUUUUCUCCCAAUUGGUUUUGCUUUAUUGAAAAAAAAUGGAAAUUUCACUCUUUAUUAUUUUGAUAGCAGGAUUUAAAAUAUGAUAUGUCUUAAACACACUCAAAUAGUAAAUCAAAUAUUUUGUCAAAAAAAUCACAAUAUUGGACUCAUUAAUAAUUUAAUUCAUGAAUUUCAAAAUCAACAUUUUUCAUGUAUUGAAACCAAAAAUAAAGAUGGUUAAUGCUGGAGAAAGUUUUAAGACUUUUGCCCAGAUAUUACAAAAUGCUGGUUCAUAUCAUUGGUCAAGUUUAUUUGAUAUUGCAAUUAUUUGUAAUACGAUCACUAUUAUGCUCAAUUUCUAAAAGAUAUUGAUAAUUUCAGUACUUUGAUUUUGAAAUAUGUUUUCAUCUUGUCUUUAGUAUUUGAAUAUUUUUAUACAAAGAAAAUAUUGUCUAUUAAAUUUCUUUAAAAGAAACUGGUUCAUGGAACAAUGUUUGUGGUCUAAGUUCAAUUCAUUAUCCAUUAAAGUUUGAUAGUUAUAUGUAGAGACUUCAUGAAGUUUUUUUCUUAUUGGAAUCUUAAUUCCACUGCCAGGACAUCUAAAAUGAAUGUUUAUAAGCUUGUUACCUCUAUCUAGACUCCAUUGUAUUUCUCUUGAAAUGUUUUUGGUUUUAUAGUGAGCAUGUGAUUAAAGAAAAAGAGGAGCAAGCAUACUACUGAUAUAAAAAAGAGGUAUAUUUGAUGGUGUGUAGAUUAUUUUUCCACUGUUCCUUCAAAUUUAUUUGUGGACUGUUUGUUGAAAUACAGUAUAAUAGAGAUAUAAAAUGAAAUAGCUCGAUAUUAUCCAUUGCUUUCAUGUGUUGAACCGAUGAACUCAAAUAAAUCUAGGCUGAGGCAUA